UAUUACAUCGAUAAGAAUUUUUAAUCCCUAAUGUUUAUCUUUUGACAGACACGAGACUGAGCGAGACUUGAUGGAUGUUUCACCAUCUUGUGGGUUUGUAGACAAAGAUUAAACGGCAUCUGUGAGAAGACGCUACUAGAAUUCCAUCAGCUAGUCUCAGAAUGCAGUCUGGCAAACCUCAUCUUCGGCGGUCUGUCGUCUGUGUGCUGAGUCAAAUGUACUUGUUUUUUAUGUUCAGUCGUCUUGCCGCGGCCUGCCCCGUGAGAUGUCACUGCCGAGUUGGUGGAGAGGUCAACUGUACCGAGGCCAACAUGAGAAGACUACCUUCCUCUGACAUGCUGUCAAAUACCCACAUUCUAUACCUCGGUUCCAAUUUCAUCAGUUCACUGUAUGAGGAUUACUUUCAGGACCUGUCUGAACUGAGACAGUUACACCUAGCUCAAAACCGAAUCUCGCGACUGCCAGACUAUGCUUUUCGCCCGCUUGGAAGGCUCGAAGUACUCGAUUUACGGUUCAACAUGAUCACCCAGAUAUCGGAAUAUGCAUUUGACGGUUUAGUGAGUGUGGUUGUGCUCAAUUUAGCGGGAAAUCGCAUCGAGUCAAUCAGUGGUGAUGCUUUUGACGGCAUGCGGAGCAUGGAGGUUUUAAACCUAGGUGACAACAAUCUACGGGUCAGCGGGCUACCACAGAACUUGUUCCAGGGAGCACAGAAUCUGAAGUGGUUAGACUUAGGAAGUUCGGAACUUAAGACGAUGCCUCACGACUUGUUCACCCAUGAAAAUCGUGCUAUUAGUCUUGAUAUGCCUUCCUUGUUCAAUAGUUUGCACAGGUUAGAAAUACUCAUCAUAGAAGGCUGCAAACUACAAUACUUGGAACCAAGGUCGUUUGCCGGUACCAUCAACUUGAUUGAUCUACGACUGGGUUUCAACGCUCUCAAAGAAGCCUUACCAUUGACUUUGUUCGAGACAUCUCCACACCUACGAAGAAUUCAGCUACAGAACAACAGUCUAACGCACCUACACGAGAGACUGUUCGAUUCCAUCGAUGACUUGGAAUACGUGGAACUUCUUAACAAUCCAUGGCAUUGUAGUUGCGGACUUCUUGGCUUGAGAGCACGUUGGUCAAAGCAGCCGCGUGCCUUUCUUCAGACAGAGUUAGUCUGCCAGUCCCCUGAAUUAUUUAGUGGCAGGGAGCUAUGGGAUAUUUCCCUUCAUGAACUCUACACCUUUUGCGCCUCUGGUAUCGAGCACAUAUCAACCAUUACUGCCAUACGAGAUGACAGGGAAAGUUUACAGUCUCUGGACUGCCCAGUCUAUAUGGGGACAAAACACAUUGUCUGGCUUACUCCAAGCGCGGAUUACAUCACCUCAGACGUCGAAGUGAGCAACAAUAAUACGCACCAACACAGACUUCUCGAAAACGGCUCACUUUCGGUCGACAGUAUCCAGCUUGGUACCUACAUAUGUGUUGUCACAUUGAGCAACGGGAGCUAUCAUGUUGGAGGUGUUCAAGUCGACACCGUUCCGCUCAAAUCUCCCGGUCCGCCUGAAAUCCCCGACGGGAGCAAGUUUCGUGUGCUGUCCGCCUUCAUUGUGCUGUUGGUUUUGGGUAUCAUUAUAUCAACCGCGUGGGCCACCUGCCGCAUUCGUCAACGGAGUCGCCGGAACCGAUUUAGUCUUUUGUCCAAGGAACACGCGUUGAUAGACAUGCGACCGCCGGCAGAAAUCAACACGGAGGGGACGGACUACGAUUACGACUAUGCGUACGCUCAUCCCCGUACGCGCAUUCAUAUGACAACGGAUGAAAGUGCGUACGCCGUGGGGCGAUUGUGGGAGGAACAACAGCUGAACAGUAAGUCACUGGUUCCCCGUAUUAGACCUAUUUCAAGAUCUAUGCAUGAACGGGGACCUAAGUAUUACAAUGACUGUGUGCGGCCCGCGGUGCAGCGAACUUCCCAUACCAUCUCGACUGGUGAAGUCAACGGGUACAUCACGCCGAGCCAGAUAUCAGCAUGCAAAGUGAGUGUCCGGUCGUGGACGGAACAGGUGAAAGAAUUGAAAAGAGCAGGAAGAUUAGGCGACUCUCCCUUUAAUGGUGUCAGCUCAGAAAAAAACACGAUCAGGCCUGAUAGUUCCGAUACUCGCUACCUUGAGAUCAUGUAG